AUGAAGGCUGAAAUUGUUACUUGUUUCUGCCAGUUGACGCACUCACUCAUCGAUCCAAAUCGUGUUGUCAUUCGUGGGCAAUCCGCAGGAGGGUAUACAGUCCUUGCUGCUCUUUCAAUCAGCUCGGACACUCGGGCGUUCGCAGCAGCCACGUCGAGCUAUGGGAUUUCGAACUUCAAGAUGCUCGCUGAAUUUACUCAUGAAUUCGAAUCUAAAUAUUUGGACGAGCUUAUUGGUGGUUCAUAUGAUGAGGCGCCGGAGGUAUAUGGAGAGAGGUCCCCUAUUAACCACGCGGAUAUCCGUUAUUGUUUUUUCCGACAAAGGAGCAAUCCGAAGCUAUUUAUGAGAGCAUCAAGUGUGACAUGGUGUGGUGGAAUUCAAAUUGUAUGA